GCCAUAACUUUAUCAGUUUAUUUCAGUUGUCAAUUGAAAUACAUUUAAUUUGUAUCAUGAAAAUGCUUAUAAAUGUGUAACGUUUUUAUUUAAAAAAAUAUUUUUGUCAGUAGCUAUGGAUGUCAUAAAGGAAAUACAACGAAGAAGAUAUUGUAUUAUAGUGAGAAUCUUUACAGUUCUGAUGCUUUGUACACCUGGACAGUUUGAAAAUAUCAAGGAGCACUGUGAAGUGAAAAAUAAUUCCACAUUGAUAUGUAACUACGUACCAAAGAUAUUGUCCAAACAAUACGAUCAUGUGCGUUUUGUGGACUUUAAGAGGAAAGAUGAAAGUAUAUUUAUCAACAAUUCCAGUUUCGGUCAUGUAAAUUGGAAGAGCGUUCAAACCAUUGAGUUCAGUGAUACUAGCGGACGAGAAUCUGGAUUAACGUUUUCUCGAGAGUGUUUUAAAGGUCUGAUGUCUCUGAAGGAAAUAAGGAUUCAUGUAAGCAAUUUUAAUCUUGUUCCUGCUGCGUUUGUUGGUGUUCCUUCUGUCCACACGUUAGAUGUAAGCAAAUGUUACCGUCUUGAUCUGGAGGAAGUGCUCAACGCUCUGAAAGUGGAAAGUGCUUUACCGGCUUUAAAGAAUCUUAUCAUGUCUGAAAUAGGUGCUUAUUUGAGUGAACCUAUCAACAUCAACCUAGCAGCUGUAAAGAUCCUUGCACAAAGAAAUAUCACAAAAUUGAACUUGAGCAGAACCCAAAUAAAUUAUGUCAAUUUCACAGCAUUACUAAAAACAUUUAAAACACUAAAAUAUUUGAAUUUGUCAUACUCGGUUAUAGCAAAUACAUUGUUUGAUGGUAUCGUGCAGAAAGAUGUGUUACAUUUGAAAGUUGUUGAUUUAUAUCAUAGUGUUUUACCAUCGAAAAUUAUUCCGUUUCUUCCCGAGAAAUUCAGUAUUGCUAACAUGACAGGUAAUUAUUCCGUGAUCCCCGGGAUAAAAACACUUUUCAUCCCAUUGGUAUUCAACGCAAGCGGAGUCGUGCCUGCAAUGGCAUCAGUUUGGGUUUACAACUGUACUGGAAUAUUAAAUGAACAUUUUGGCGUGAAGACACAACAUUUAGAAAUAAGCAAUAACAAUUUGAAAUAUCUUGAUCUUAAUAGCAAAUGCCCAGUUUUCAAGUUUACAUCCUUCACCCACAUUGAUUUGUCUGGUAAUGGACUGGAAAUGGUGCGCCCCACAGAGUGUUUGCCGAAUUUGGAAACGGUUAAUUUAUCUAAUAAUGAAUUGUUUAAGAUGCUUGAUUCACACCCAAAACUGUUUGAAAAUUUGUUGACUUCGCAGACCAAACUACGUAUAAUAAACCUUUCAAAUAAUCGUCUUCCAAACAUUCCUCAGAACAUGUUCAAGCAAAACAAAGUUAUUGAAAUAAUCGAUCUUUCCUUUAACAAGCUUGAGCAAUUACACUUUGAUUUGGUGGAUUUACACAAUCUACGCGUGUUAGAUGUAAGUAAAAAUAGUAUCAAGGUCCUCGAUGAUGUUUCUAUUUACAAUUUAAACACAAUUGGUUGCGCAAAUGUGUCCAAAUCUGAUCGUAAACAUUGUUCAGUUGUACUUGCUGCCAACCCAAUCAAGUGUUCAUCGUGUUCUAGCAAGCCGUUUAUACAUUGGCUUUUAAGCUCAAAGCAAGUGAAUGCAAUUCAGCAGAAUCUGAUGUGUAUGACUGAAGACAGAACAAGUAUAAACGUUGAUGAAACUGUUAUUGUGAAAAUUCAGAAUAUCUGUAAUAGAAAAACAGUGAUCAUUGCAUCUACUGUAGGCGCAUCUGUUACUUUCUUGGUAGUUUGUAUCGCAAGUCUGAUUCUGUACAGACGAAACAUGAGGCUCAAGCGAAAGCGCAACAUGGACACUGUUCUAGCUAAGUUAAUAUCAGGAGAGGACCAGUACGAGUUCGUUGUCUUUCUUUCAUAUAGCAGCAACGAUGACAAAUUUGUACAAGAUCAUGUAAUAAAUCAACUAAACGAGAAUCUUCAGUUAAUGAUUGGAACAGAUAGAAAUCUUGUAUGCACGGGUGACACACAUUUGCGCCCUGGUUUCAUGGUUUAUGAUGAAACAUUGAAAUGUUUGGACAGGUCAUCAGUUGUCAUACUGGUCGUGUCGGAUAACUUUUUGCGUAGUUCGUAUUGUCAGUAUGAGUUGGAUCAAGCAUAUUUACAGAGAAAGCCUAUAGUGUUGAUGCUUCUUGGACAUGUAGACGAGGAAUUAAUGACCCCUACCAUGAAACAGCUAUACAAGAGAGAUGUCCGCAUUCUAUGGACUGUUGAAAAUGGACAAUUUGUUCUUAAAAAUACUUGGGAAAACAUUUGUUCCUCGGUACUGGAAAAUGUAAAGAUUUAGAAAAAGUAUUGGAUUUAUAAUAUUAAAGAUCUGGUGCAAUUCAUAAAAACAUAUUGUUGAAAGGUUGAGGAUGAAUAUUGCACAUGUAUAUAAAGUAUAACAUUGUAUUUAUGAUAAAUUCAAUAAAAAAACAACACUUUUAAAAAAAAAUAGUAAUCCUGGAUGUUUCAUUUCCCUUUCAUUAAAACAGACCUUGAAUCGUCCACAAGUCUUUUCACCUGUUUGAUUAUGAUGACAUUUAAUUGAAAUCAUCAUCAUUUUGUGCUUUAUAUACUAGUACGAGUAUCAUUAUAUUUCUUGGAAAGUCAAAGCUUUAACACUGCCUAUU